AUGGGUCCAGCUAUGGAUCAAUUGUGGAGGCUUGAUCUAGCUAUGUGCCUGGCCGAAUUUUCUCCGUCUGCAGUGCGAUUGCCUGGUUCGGGAGAAAUAAGCAUGGGGAUCCAUGCCAUAUCGCACUGCUCCAUAGCAAGCUCCCAGGAAGCCCCAGACACCCGCUAUUGGCCGGCUUGCCAGGCACCCGGGACACCGUGGGAAGCGUCCGACCCAUCCUUAUUCGUGCCCGGCCGUGCAGAGCCGAUCGGCCACACCCCAGCUGCCGCUGCCGAUCACAUCUGCCAACUUCAAGGCCUGACGCGGGUUCCUGGCGGAACAAUCGCACGACUAGAACUUUUCGAGGUGCCGUACGAGAUUGCUUCGCCCCGUCAUGACAUCAGCCUACGAAGCUCAAUCUCGCUUCUGGCGUACUCGACCAAGUUUGGUACUGACGUAUGCAAUGGCGUCGCAGAAGCUGCAGCGACAGCACAAGGAGUGGAGGCGCACUGUAACGGAGCUGCCGCCCCAACUAGCAAGGCGGCCGCAGUGUCGGAUGAUUUACUGUCAUCUCCACUGACACCGCAAGUAUCAUGUUUCGUGCGAUAUGGCCUUGGGUCUAUGUGGUCGGCUACGGGCAUGCUUGGUGUCGCCCAUCCAGGUGCGUGUGCAGCAUCUUCUGUCUUGUAUACUCGUCUCAGGUUGGAAAUCCGUGGCUGGAAGUUAUCCUCCAACCCGGCCUCCACAUGGGGGGCCAGAUCCCUAAGGUUGUCACCUCGUGAUGACCGGGAUCCGCCACCAGCUGCUUUAACCAAUCAGGACAGAGAGCGCGAGUAA